AUGACUCUGUGGAACUUGCAGGACCCGCGCGCUAGCGCGGGAAAAUCAGGCUCGAGCCCCGCCCUUCCAGCCCGGGUCGGCGCGCCCCGCCCCUCACUGCGCGGCCCGCGCUCCUCCAGCUUCGUGGGACUGCACAGCGCGCGCCGUUUCUCGGGCCUCCGUGUUCUGGGCACUCCGGUGGCCGGCCGGGGCGUCCGCUGCCAGCAUGGACACUCGCUGCGUGCCGGUGAGGGCUGGGCGAGCGAGCCGUGGGGUGCGCGUGGUGGGUGCUGGCAGCUAGCGGGCGGCCGGGCGCGGGCCGGCUUUGCUGGAGUGCUGCUGAUCAACCGGUGGUCGCCCCGGCGGUCGCGCAGUCACGCCAACCCCAGGUUUUAUGCACCUGGGACCGUUCAAGGCCAGGGGAGGUUCCCGACGGCCGUGCGCACCCGGCUGGAGAAGCAUGGGGCGCUUUGGCAGUUCUUAGCAGCACCGGGGCGCCUGCGGCCACGUGCGCUCGUGGGACGCGUGCGCCGGCGGCGGGACGGGGUCAUUGUGUCCGCAGGCCUGAGUCCGGCCGCCGGGGCGCGGGGACCAGGGCUUUGCUCCACCGGCUCGCCGCCAAAGAAGCCCCGAGUACAGAACUUCAAGAAAUUCAGUUAUGUGAAGUUGAUUUCCAUGGAAACCUCGUCAUCCUCUGAUGACAGUUGUGACAGCUUUGCUUCUGAUAAUUUUGCAAACACGAAACCUAAAUUCAGGUCAGAUAUCAGUGAAGAACUGGCAAAUGUGUUUUAUGAGGAGUCUGAUAGCGAAUCUUUCUGCGGCUUUUCAGAAAGUGAGGUGCAAGAUGUGUUAGACCACUGUGGAUUUGUACAGCACCCCAAACCGAGGCCAGAUGUCAGUAACGAACUGGCCAGUCUUUUUCGUGCCGACUCUGACGAUGACUCAUUUUGUGGUUUCUCAGACACUGAGAUCCAAGAUGAAAUGAGGCGGCAGGCCGACCAUAGAGGCUGCAGGACCCGCAGUCAGGGCCAGCGCUCUGGACCCCUGCGUGUGGCCAUGACGUUUCCAACUCGAAACACCAGGGCAGCGGCCAAGCGAAAAGUCCUUCCUCCGCCGUCCUUGGAGAACUCCCUGAUGGAGGGCACUUCAGACUCCGAAGAUGAAAAAGGCAUGGAUUUUCUGGAGAAACGGGCUUUAAACAUAAAGCAAAACAAAGCCAUGCUUGCAAAGCUCCUGUCAGAGUUGGAAAGCUUCCCUGGCUCCAUCCCUGGAAGACGUUCCCUCCCGGUUCCCAGCUCACAAUCGAAGACACCCCGGAGACGCACCUUCCCAGGUAGUGCUUCCAGAAGGAACCCCGAGCGGAGGGCGCGUCCUCUGACCAGGUCAAGGUCCCGGAUUCUGGGGUUCCCUGAUGGCCUGCCCACAGAAGAGGAGGAGGAAGAGGAAGAUGACAAAUACUUGCUGGUGAGGAAGAGGAAGGUCAUGGACGACUACCUGAACGAAGAUGACAUGCCCAGAAAUCGCCGCCCAGGGCCCAUGACCCUCCCGCAUGUCAUCCGCCCCGUGGAAGACAUUACAACCGAAGAGUUAGAGAACAUCUGUGGAAACUCCCGUGAGAAGAUCUAUAACCGCUCUUUGGGAUCCACCUGUCACCAGUGUCGACAGAAAACGAUUGAUACCAAAACCAACUGCAGAAACCCAGAGUGCUGGGGUGUUCGAGGCCAGUUCUGUGGGCCCUGCCUUCGAAACCGUUACGGGGAGGAAGUCAAGGACGCCCUGUUGGAUCCCAACUGGCACUGUCCGCCUUGCCGUGGGAUCUGUAACUGCAGCUUCUGUCGGCAGCGCGAUGGACGGUGUGCGACUGGGGUCCUGGUGUAUUUGGCCAAGUACCACGGCUUUGGGAAUGUGCACGAUUACUUGAAAAGUCUGAAACGGGAGUUUGAAAUGCAAGCGGAAUAGCCCGACGAAGACGUCACUGCUCGCAGGCCUUGUACUUCCCAAGUGACCUUGUUAAACGGUCCGGUUUUGUCAGUGGUUGCAACCCCAGUCAAGAAUGCUCAUUCUGUUUCACCGGAAACCCAAAUCCAGCCCAGCUCGCGGGCCAUAGGCGUGUGUACAUAGAUUGCUAGGUUGGCAUUUGCCGUUCUGCACUGUCUCUUCCGGCCCCCAGCCCUGCAAAGUUGUCCCUUUCUUUUUCAUUGGGCCUCUCCCACCACUUACUUUCCGCACUCUUCGAAGCGCCCAUUCUAUGAAAGCCUAAUUGAUUUGGGAGCUGUGGUGCAGCAGUGGUUAAGUACUUGGCUGCGAGCCGAACGGCCCACUGUCCAGUACCACCUGCUGCGCCGUAGGGGGAAGACCGUCUUUGUGUCAAGGGUUGAUUGGUGUUGAAAUAACCUUGCAAUCCACCCAAAAAACCAAGCACUUAGAACAAAGUAGUGUUAACUAAACUAAAUCUGUUCGGUUCCAUAGAACAGCCCUCUCGCUGUUUACAUUGGGAACAACCGUGUGAUUUUUGUGUUCCUACUUGCUGGUAUUUUUAGCAGAAUGGAGUCACAAGGGCCUUAGCGCAUGUGGAAAAAUUAGGUAAUUGUUGCAAAGUGGAGUGCAUUGCUUUAGCUGCCUCUGGAUCUGGGCGCUCAUUAUACAAGUUGCCACGGUAGAGACUUCGUUGUUGCUGAUUUAUUCCAUCACAAGGUUAAGUGGCGAAUCCUGCUUACACUGUCAUUAUGAUCCAAAGGUUUGUGAGCAAUGAUAUACUUAAAAUCAUCGGAAAUUAGUGGUGAAACUUCAGGAGGCUCAUUUGAAAUUCUUGGUAUAAAACUUUAGUAUAAUUUUAGUGUGCCAAGGCUUUUGCCGUUCCUCGGGAAAGUAUCUCGAUUUAGGUCUUGAGUCGUUUUGCAUGGGAAUUGCAGCUUAGUAAAUAAAUCCUAGUCCACGGAGCUUUGCCAGUUUUUACUUCCUUGAAGAAAUUACCAGCUGGCCAUGGGGUCCGGGUGCAGAUUUUAAGCGCUUUUAUUGCAAUGAGAAGUGCCUUUUUUGGAGAUUGUUGAUUCUCAACCGUUUGCUAUGUGACAGUUCUGCCAGCCUAGUCUUUAGGCAGCUUUCUGAAAAUGUUUCCUUUUUUUUAUUAAUCUGCUCUGGUCGAGGUAGGUCUACUCUGUUGGUGCACCCUGGUCAGUGUUGGGUGAAUCAUCAGCCCUUGAAUCAGUACAUGUAAAUAGAGCUUUUGACCUGUAAUGCUUUUAUACAAAGGUGUUUAUUUUAAUAAUAAAAUGUUUUGUUCUA